AUGGCCCUCACCGGCCUUGCCGCUGCCGCUCGGGUCCUUCGUCGGAGCUCUUGGAGUCGCCAUGCGCGUGCACGCUUUGCGCUUCCCCCGGGAGUAGUCCUCCCGAGCAGCAAGGGGCCUCUCGGCGCCACUCGUUGCGAGGGUGCCGAGAGUUGCGCUCAGACCGACGGAUCCGUCGCAUCCCCUUUGCUUCUCCGCGCGCUCCAUUCGCUGGUUGAGUCUACUCAGCCCUCCGCCCCUCAUCCCUCCGGCUCCGCCCCUCAUGUCUCGCGUUCCUUCUCACCUGUCGCGCCGUCGCAGCUCGCCGCGGGGCUGUGCACGAGCGCUGCCAGCAGCGUUCCCCUGCCCGUGCAGCACGGCGCGUCCACGAUGCGCGCCGCCGUGAUGCGCGAGGUGGGCGCGCCGCUGCGCGUGGAGCUGCUGCGCAUCCCGCGGCCCCAGGCGGGCGAGGUGCUCAUCAAGACGCGCGCAUGCGGAGUGUGCCACACGGACCUGCAUGUGAUGCGCGGCCACGUGGCGUUCCCCGCGCCCUGCGUGCUGGGCCACGAGGUCAGCGGGGAGGUCGUGGACCACGGUGCUGGCACCGACGCCGCCACCAUCGCCAGGCUGCCAGUGGGAUCACGAGUGGUGGCGGCGUUCAUCAUGCCGUGCGGCUCCUGCUUCUUCUGCACCCAUGGGCAGGAGGACAUAUGCUCCACAUUCUUUGCAUUCAACCGCCUGCACGGCACGCUCUACGACGGCCACACUCGCCUCUUCUCUGCCGACCCCUCCGCGGCCCCCCUGGCGAUGUACAGCAUGGGCGGGCUGGCGGACUACUGUGUGGCGCCCGCUACCGCCGUGGCGCCGCUGCCCCCCGCGCUGCCGCUGCCCGAGGCGGCCGUCAUGGGCUGCGCGCUCUUCACCGCCUUCGGGGCGCUGCGCCACGCGGGGGACGUGCGCGCCGGCGAGACCGUGGCGGUGGUGGGGGCGGGCGGCGUGGGCGGCAGCUGUGUGCAGGUGGCGCGCGCCAUGGGGGCGGCGAGCAUCAUAGCGGUGGACGUGGCGGAGGACAAGUUGCAGCGCUGCCGUGCCCUGGGCGCCACCCACACCGUCAACGCCGCCAAGGAGGACGUGGUGGAGGCCAUCAGGGCCAUAACAGGCGGCAGGGGGGUGGACGUGGCGGUGGAGGCGUUGGGGCGGGCAGAGACGUUUGGGCAGACGGUGCAUGCAGUGAGGGACGGGGGCAGGGCGGUGAUGGUGGGCAUUGCUGCUGCCGGCACCACUGCUGCUGUUGACAUCACCCGACUCGUGCGCCGUAAUUGCACCCACACUACCUCUGCUGCUUCUCCUCUAUCCUGCCAGGCUUUCCUUUCUCCUGCAUGCAUCUCUCCACACCCCACACUCCACCCUCAGAUCAAGAUCAUAGGGUCGUAUGGGGCCAAGGCGCGGUCGGACCUGCCAGCGGUGGUGGCGCUGGCAGCGGCGGGGAGGGUGGACGUGGUGUCCAGUGUCACGGAGCGCUACCGCCUGGAGGAUGCAGACACUGCCUACUGCAAGCUGGAAAAAGGCAACGUGCUGGGUCGGGCUAUUGUAGACAUGACCCUCUGA